AUGGCGAUCUUCAAGAGGAACACCACCGCGAUGAUCUUGGCCGCCCUUGCCGUCAUGGCCACCGUCCUCUCCUCAUGUUGCAACGCAGACAAUUCCGAGGGAGAGAGAUGCUUCCCGCCUAUCUCGGGGCCGGACUGCAACCUGAGGCAGUGCCGGAAGCUGUGCGGGGAGAAGUCGAAAGCACACUGCUACAUGGCGUUGGCCGACGUGCAGCCCAUGGGGGUAACCGCCUGCUGCUGCUCGCCGCUCAAGCGCGCCAAGGCCGCUCCUGCUGUCUUGUAA